CCAAUAAUCUUAAUCAGAUGAGCUACCAGCAACCUUCGGCAAUCCGCACCCGCAAAGUUAUUCCGAUCGUCAACCCUCACACUGGAAUGACCCUUGCCAGCCCACCCACCUCGAUCUCCCCCGGUGUGAUGCAGAAUCAGCGCCGAUGGUGAGAACGUCACGUGCCUCGUCCCGGCGUCAGGUGCUUCCAGGGCUUCCUUCACGCCUUUGCCAUGGUCUCUACCGGGUAGUCGUCUUUUUUUUUCCUUCAUCACCAGGGAUCCCUAACCGCGGGGAAACCCCAAUUAUCACGCAGCGCACAUGUUCCAUGGUUUUAAGGAGUUCUACUGUUUGGGGUAUAUUUGAAUCUGGGGUUCAUUUUCUUAUUUGGGUGGGAUGGACAUUAUGUUUUCAGGGAUCUAGAAAGGCGGAAACGAUAUACGUCUGCAUUGAUAUUGGGCUUGGGAGAUUCGUUUGCUUUAUUAUUAUUUUUUUUUACUUACUGUCUUGUUGUUCUAUCUUACUUUUUUGGGUUGUGAUUUAUUGCUUGCGGCUUAGGUCUGCAUUGCGUCUCAUCUUCUUCACUCACCUUAUUUCCUACUCGUUUCAUGUACAUUUGGUUGGAGAGGUCAUGCUCCCUUGCCAGGCUGGGUUGGUCGAUUGGUUGUGAGGAAAUCCAUGGAUUGGAUGCGGAGUUGUUAUUACGGGCUGGGUCGCUCGCUUGUGCGAGUCAUAGAC